AUGGUUGCUAGGUAUCGAGUUGUCCCGGAUGCAAGCCCAGGGGAAUUAGCCCACCAGCAAAACAAGUCCAGCAACAAGUCCGACUGUGGACGGAACCCACCCAAGCACUACGCCAAGCGCGCCAACGACAACGCCGCAAUGCUUGCGCUCGCGAACGGCCUCGAGUACCGGGUACGGAAGUACAACUUCAGCGAACAGAAGCAUGAGAUUGUUUCGGUGUCACCCGGGGCUGGGGGCGUCCGCCUCAUGUCCAUGCAUGCCCGGACCCUCGGUCACGACCGCGUACCCACGGACGUUCAUGCGACAGAGACCCAAACAACGGCGCAGCUGAAAGGCCAAUUUCCGGGAUCAGCAAUCUGGUCGGCACACCUGUACAAGGACAACGAUGUGCAGGUCGACGAUGGGUCAUGGGGUGCUCGCGUUUCUGGGGGCAACUUUCGCCCCGACGAGGCGGCAUUGAUCGCGCAGUACAAGGUGUAUUACGGGUGCGGAGGGGAUGAGCAGUGCAGCGACAUUCGGUGCCCCUUCUGCUGGGAUGAGGAGGACACCUUGGACAGUAGCCUGCUAGAAUGUUCGAGGCACAUGCGCGUUGCGCAGGUAGUGAGCUGUGGCCAGGGGCGGCUGAAGGGUGGCGACGUCAAGGCCGCCGCACGACCUGGGCCGCCUGAUGACUGGGCGUUGGGGCAGGGGCAGGCAGACGAUGUCGAGAUAUUCAACAAACCACCGCCGACGGGCGACCAUGGACCGCCACCAGCAGACCAACUCACCCUCAGCAAGAUCAUCUACUUCUUCCGUCAACGAGGAAACAAGAACUCCUUGAGCGGGGAGCCACCACCAUUUACGUGGUGGGUACUCGCUUACGAGUACGUCGGGGUCGGCCAUGGUAACGAGCGGGUGCCCGAUUCCAUCACCAGGCAUCCGACGUUGUCACUGCGGGGACGGGGCCGUCCUAAGGUUUACCUUGUACACGCCAUCAGACGCCAGGGGGCGGGCAGCGACCGUGUCUCGCGGCGCAAGUUCCGGCUCGCAUUACCGGGGUCCAGCAACGGCUACGACAAGUACCUCUUGAACGAGGACACAUUUGUCUGAACGAUCGUGGAGUUCUUCGAGGAAUACCAGCGAAGUUUUUCGAGGGCAGCGAUUCGGCACGGUCAACAACAAAUGCUGGUGUGGAGGCCUAACGAUGGCCGGCCUUCGGCUUAUAGGUGUACAGGUGUGCGUCUGGAUGUGGUGUUCACAGCUAGCUGCAAUGCCGGAGAUAAUGGGGUGGGGAGGCAGGGCGAAACCCUCACGCGUCGAUGCC